UUUUUUAAGGGAGCCACAGACUUUCAGAACUUGCUCGCAAUAUGGCGCAAGUACAACGGCCAGUUACAGGAUGCAAAUGUAAGUACAAAAGGAGCUGUGAAGUGGGCCGGUAAAGUUAAUCAACUGAUUAAUCAAGGGAUUAAGGAUUAUUACUUGCUGGGGCUACAUUAUUGGUGAUACAGUGAUUACAGGACUAAAAUAAAGCGUUCAUUGAUCACGCGAGGAUUUCGAGUGCCGUUUCUGUCUUUCAUUUUUACGUUUUAUCGGUGUUACCCAGUCAAUACCACUACUACCGACGCAAUCAUCAUUAUCAUCAUCAUCAUCAUCAAUGAAAUCAUUAUCAUCAUCUGUAUCAUCAUCAUCACCAUCAUUUUAAAAAAAUCAUCAUGAAUCGUGUAUUAUCAGGAUGAAAAAUCAUCAUCAUCUCAUGAAAUCAGAUCAUUUCUGAGAAAGGGGCGGAUCCAAUUUUUUGCUCGUGAGGUCUUGUCUUAUACAAGGACCAAAAAACAAUAUAGAUUUUUUUUCAGUUAAAAUAAACAGCUACGGUAAUUCUGUAUACGAGAUUCAAUAGAAAUAAAACAGAUUUAACAUCUAUAAAAAAAAUGGAAGGCAAACAAUAUCGAAUUCAAAUGUCUAAAGAAGACCUUUGCAGUGAAGCGAAGGCUUUCUUGUGUCAGCGUUGUGUUUACAUGGGUCCAAACUUUUUCAUCUGUUCCGAAAACUGACACUUGAAUUAAGCUGAAAUGUUGCUUGUUUGCAUUAUCUUAACCUGGAAAACAAUUUUUCACGCAACCAUGCAGGCAGCGAAAAUGAAAGUGUCUCAGUAAUGAGCUUGAUAAUGCACCUGCAGUGGGUCGGGAAUGUCUUAGAACAGGGUUUGUUUUGCGUAAUGUUCAGGUAGAUGGAGUAGCUAGUGUGCAAUGUCUCAAAAGUACUGCCUUGACAUUAUGUGUAAGGAGUUUAUCACUCAGGCGUGUGUAAGAGUGGAAUUGCACUGAAGCAGAUCUCACUUGUGGAUCUGUUUUACGUUAUUGAUGUUGGUGCUUCGGUACCCUGUCUUGAGUACGAGCAGGAGUAGUCACUGUGGUCUUUUACAGGGCCUUUAACUGCCUCAUUCUUGCUUGUUUUUCUUGUGUAGAGCUCUUACUAUGGCUAUUAUCAAGGUGGUGGAGCCUGCUCUUUCGACCCAUUGACCACAGACUACAGUCACCUUGGAUGGCUAAAGGUAGCGGCUGGAGAUGGAGGGUUUCAAAAGUCCCUUGGCUGUGGUAUGUGCGUAGAAAUCAAAGGUCAAGGGAUUCUAGCCGAUCUUGCUCGCAGAGGACAGAUUUCCAAAACACCAAUCAUAGGGCCGAUAUAUGCAGUUGUAAUUGACCGCUGUGGUAAUUGUAAUCAAGGUAUGCAACUGACAUAGUUAUUAGAGAAAACGUCAGAUUCAAGUUGAGAAUUUUUGAAAAUUGAAAAUGAGCAGAUAAAAACAGCUCAAAACAAUUCUUAUGGAUAAAAGAUUGAGUGAAACUACUAAUACAUGUGUUCAAAUAAUGAACAGUAAACGAAAAGUAAAGGGGAAACUUGGUCACGUAGUACAAAUUCGCGUUUGCGAUUAGACGUAAACGUGAUGCCUAACCUCCCUAUUGUCGCGCAAGACGUUACGGAACAUUAGAGCAUGCUUAAGAAAUAAUUAAUUAAAAGAAAUAAGCCUCUUUUGCUCCUUCCGCGGUCCUGUUAGAAACGCUUCCGCGAUUCCCAAUGUUUAUGAACUCUAACAGAUCCUUCUUUACAAUCAAGCUAUAAUUAUAAAUGGGUAGUUUAACGAAAGAGAGGGGGGAAGAAUUGGAUUGUAUGGCGAAGGAAAUCCCUGAGCUCUCGUAACCGCCUUGCGUCGACAGCUGGUCGCUUGCAGGUUUACAAUAUAUCAUUUUGUGGAAUAAAAGGAUGUUUUUGUUAUUUUUAUUUCUGCCAAGAUAAUGCUUGAAAGAUGCAGGAUAAAUUUACCUCAAACAAAAGACUGACAACUAAUGUAAAGUUUGUCGUUUAGGAACAUGACAAUUUGUAAUUUGAGCUGUAAAACAUUUUUUGAACCCUGUCGAAACUUCCCCCAGUGACCAAGGGCACGAAUAUUAGUGAGCAAUCCUCGAAAUAAUCUCCUCCCUCGAAUAAUCGCUACCUUUUGGUGCGAGAAAGAAAUAAUCGCCCUCGUCUAUUAUUCGAGAAAAUACGGUAUUCUAACAAAUAGGCUGUCUGAUUGCUUAUUAACAUCAUACCCAUCAAGCCCGUGGAGGGUUAAAGAAGUUUACUUCUUUCUCUAGUUCUCUGUAGUCCUGUAAUCCCAAUGUUACUUAUACAGGGUUCGAUUUAUACGCGCCUGGUGCUGAUGUCUGGAAGACACAGUUCAGGGCAAUUGACUGUCCCAGAGCACCUGGAAUCAAUGGUAACAUCAAGUUUAGAUUCGUAGAAAGCAACCCAUGGGCUCUGAAACUACAAACAAGAAAUUCCCGGUAGGUACUAUGUAACUUUCGUCAUGAUAUUAAACUAUUUGUAGGAUCUACCUGAUAUAUGAUCUCCAACAAAACCAACACUGACUAUCAGUUACAUCAACGUCAUUCUGGACUUGAGUUCAGAUCGCCAAUGUAUAACUCGUUAUUGGCUUAUUCUGUCUUGAAUUUCCUGCUUCCUAUAGGGAUUAGUUAUUAGUUAUUUCCAAGUAAAAAAAGUGACCAAAACCAAUGUAAAACGAGUCAGGUAUAUAAAAAAAAGUCGCCUCGCUCACAAUAUCACUGUUUUUUCGUUUAAAACUAAUCCAAUCCUAGAGUGGUAACGGUUGGUCUCGAGAUACUUCAAAAUGGUAGGUGGAUUUGUUUAAAAAGAACAGACGACAACUACUUUCUAAUGGGAUCACCGAACAGAGUCCAGUUCCCACUACGAGUUCGUCUUACAAGUGUUGGUGGUGAACAGGUGGAGUCAACCAUUACAGAGCUCAAAAAUGACAAAGACAUUACGUCCUCUGUACAGUUCUCUGGUUUUAUGAAGGGUAAGCCUUGUCAUAUUUGUUUUAGCUGCGAAGAAUAAGUAUAUAGUUAUUUGUUGAAGUAGCGGAAAAAAUGGUAUAAGUUCUCUGAAUUCAAAAGGUUCCAAAAGAAUUUCCUGCUUAGGGCUACUGCCAGCAAGUUGAAGUUCAGUUUUAGUCGCAAUUUUACACCAUAUAAAGUUUUUCCUCCAUUAAUGGAAUUACCCCCUAUUAUUAUUAUUAUUAUUAUUAUUAAUUAUUAUUAUUAUUAUUACAAUUAUUAUUAUUAUUAUUAUUAUUAUUUAUACGUUAAGAAUUUUAAAACUGUCCACAAAGAACAUGGCAUCCGCUUAUCAUAGCAGUUGACAUCUUUAUAUCUUCACUGACAGGAAGUGAUCCGCGCACCAUCAGGUGCCAUGGCCAAGGACAAGUAUUGGAUUCUCAAAACAUCCAGCAAACAAGUAUGUCAGUCAUUAGCUAUAGGAAAUAAUAUUUCUCCCUUACAUGGUCCAGAGAAGGUGAAUUGCGUAAGCGCGUGUGAAAAUUGCCACUCGCGAGGAAGGCGAUAGCUUAGUCACUUUCCACGCGGAUGGCGAUUUUUCGAGCGCGCCUGCGUAAUUCGUUUGACUCAGGGUGUUUUGGAGUGACACGCGUCAACCGGAAGGGAAGCCCUAUUUCUUUUGAUAUGACUUAGUACUACCAGAUUUGAAUUGCAAAGUGUUCUUACUCUUGUAGAGACGAUUUGUCGUAAAAUGUGGGCGAGACCACUUCUCAAGAAUGCAAAAAGACCACUUCCGGUUGAUGUGCUUCGCUCAAAAACGUCUUUGCUUAAGCUCACUAAUAUCCUUGAGCAUGAAAAACUACUCGUAGUCUACUUACUCCUGGUAACUGUCUCUACAGGCUUUGGCAAUGGGUAGAGAGAGCACUGCGCAUGCGACUGACUGAUGGAUCUUUUUCGUACCCAUCCUCAUAGCCAUCCUAAUUGCGCAGUUCUGUGACUAGUAAAGCUGAGAUUAGAAAUAACGCAUGAGCAGUGAUUUUGUUUACACCAAUACCUUUUUAGUGUUACUACUAAGCUUUGCACGCUUUCCGGACUCAUCUCAUUCUAGUGGAAGAAUCAUUCUGCAAGGGUAAACAAGAUGGAACUUACAGCGAUCCUGACCAAUGUACUACAUAUUAUCAAUGCACAAGUGGCUAUGCAGUGAGGAGACAUUGUCCAACAGGACAAGUGUUUAAUGAUAUUCUUAAGGCCUGUGACAGUCCAGCGGAUUUUCCAUGUCAUCAAAGAACGGUUGUGAAUACUCCCAGUCCCACCUUAGCGAGAGAAAAAGAUAAGGGAGGUUCCUCUCAGAAAAGUGAGUUGAUCAGUAUUUUAUUUGCCUUAUUCUUAUUUAAUUUUUUUACGUAUGACACAAAAAUUUGUUGUUGUUCCUCUGAUAUCUCUUUACUCAAUGGUUUAAUCAACGAGGUUUGUUGACUGAGUUCUCAACAUUCAGUGCACUUCUGAUAUCUGUCUUCACCCUUGACUCCGGAAAGCCAUGUGAGGCAAGAGGGAGCGCAAUGCACAGAAAGUGGCAGAAUUUAAGUCUUCGCUCCUCAGUGAUACUCUUAUUUAAUUCUAUUGUUUCGUCUUUUUUGCACAGUCUAUAUUUGCAAUCUCAAUACUGCUGUUACUUGGAUAAAUGUAGACAUAGUUAAGUGGCUUGGGCAAGCAAAUACAAUGUCAUUAUUUCAUAUUUACUUUGAUUAGUUUUUCCAAAUCAUUGAUAAAAUCAACGAUUAGGAUGGAAUAGGAACAAGAAACUAAAGUAAUGAGUAAAAUAUACGUCAAAGACGUGAUUAAAUCCAAACUCAAAAGAACAGACAAAUGAAUAAUUUUAUAACAUGUUCGUUCCGUUUUUUCAGAUUUUCCUCUAUGCCUUACUAUACAUGGGCCGGUUCCUGAAAGGCCCAUUAGCGUUAAUCCAGGACUGAAAUUUUGUUCCGUUUUUGUAUUUUACAUUCCUAUGCAUUGCUAAGGGCAACAUUUUGUGUUAUCAUUACUGUAUCUCGUGGUAAAGGCUCAACUCAACAGUAUUUUGUAACCUCGAGUUGCAUGUUCUUAAACGAGAAAACCGUGCUUGAAGUUUGGCUUAAUCCUGGGUUUGAGGAAACGGGUCAUGAUGUUGAAGUUUACAUAACACAAGGAGCAACUUAAUUGGCGGGCAGGACUCUUUUGAGCCCUUACAAAGAGCUAUUUAAUAUUUCAAACGGGCACACUAAAAUGAUAUUGAGAUGGUAUUGCAAACGUUUUAUUUUUUGUUGGCAGUGAAUGAUUCCUUUUGCGAUGGCAAAUUUGAUGGUUUUUACCAGGAUCCGAACGAAUGCCAAGCAUUUUACCAAUGCUUGAAAGGAAAGGCUUCCAAGCGGUACUGUCUUAAAGGAAUGGUGUUUAAUCCUACUCUGAAGACAUGUGACACUCCAGAUAACUUUCCCUGCCGUGUCAUAGAAGGCUCUGAGCCUUCAGCGUUAGAAACUAAGAGGCCAGAGGUGAUCCCCGAUCCCCUUCAAGGAGAGCAAAGCACUCCGGGAAACGCAAUUGGGAGCUCAACUUCAGGUAUUGACAGGGCCUCGCUAGGAGCCCUAACCCCGGAGCGUGUAACUCCAAGACUAAGCCUAUGCAACAGCAUUUUUACAUUUCAAGUUAUUUUUAACAUCAUUUUUGAGCACUUUUUCCCGCGAAAAUGGAAGCACCGUUCCGUUUGCGACCAUGUGUGCGCAUCUAUAGUGCGAUAAGUACAAGAAAAAGAAGUAAAUGCAAGCAAAACAUAAAAUACUUUUUCCUGGUCUUAGUGUUUUGGUGACUGAUUUUUAAGACUUAUUUGAUAUUCAAAAUUCGAGGGAAAAUCGAUCUGAAAAUAGGCAGAACGCCCGUUGCAUGGGUACAAGGGAGCCGCUCACACCGGCCGCGGGUUUUGCGCUCCUGGCCUUGUUCGUUUAUCCCACUUUUUCGUUGACAUAGGGACCAUUAAUAAGCAGAGACUUCUUCUAGCACCUAAGGGGUAAAUCGUUAUAAGUCCGAGUGAAGGUAAAGCCCCUUGAUGAUGUUGACGUUGAGUAAUGACGUGGUUGGCAACACGAAUUUUGCUAAUACAUUAACCAUAUUACAACAUUAUUAAAUUUUCUGCCCACCCACAGGGCGAAGUGAUCGACAAAUACGGAAUGUAGCGUCACGCGCGAGGAGCUAAACGCCUUUAAAAAAGUCACUAUUAUCGGAGAAAAUAUACCUUUUCACGGUUUCUUUUUUUCAACUUUUGACGUGGAACAAUAAGGGACAAUCUGUCGACUUCCCUUGAAAGAGCGCCCUCAAAUUGGUAAAACUGCCAAGUUUGAAGGUGCUUUGUUGAAAACUAACGAAGAUAUAGCUCUUUCAAAGUCGUGAAAUUUUUACAAACGUCUGAAAUUUUUCGCAACUUUGCGAAUUUAUCUUAAUUCGCUCGUUUAUAAGACGUAUCACUUUCAAACUUGGCAUGUUUGCUAAUUUUAAGGCUCUGUUUCCAGUGGUGCCGACGGAUUUUCAUAUCAAAAGUUGAAACAAAAAACCGUGGAAGGGUCUAUUCGACAUCAGCCAACUGCGAAGCCUGGUGCUAAAGCAAAUAAAAGAAAGUUAAAUUAAAUAUUAUACACUUAAUGUCAGAUCCCAAGGGAAACAGUUAGUUUUGUUUUCCCGAGAGUCCUGAUGUUUCCCGAGACGAAGUCGAGGGGAAACAUCAGGACUCGAGGGAAAAGUGUUUUAACUAUUUUAUCUAGAACUUUCACUUCAACAGCAACAAAAGAAUAACCGGAGCGAACGACAACGAACCAAAACAGUCGACUCGGUACUUAUAACAACACAAAUUUAAUUCUCAAAAGCACUGAAUGAAUGAUUUACAAACAAAAGUACUUUCCAUAUAUCAUCUGCAUCUUUUUCCUCCACCAGCUGCUGUUUUUCUUCUGGGAACUUCUGGGAUAACUUUAAAAAUCGUUGCUUUUUAGCUUGAGGCUUCGGGAUUGUGUUGUUGUGUUCAUUCACGGAAAAAAAACCGGCAGGACCCGGCGGUGAUUUUCUCGCCUUCUGUCACGUCACUUUCCACCAUGCUUUGAUCACGUGCUGCAAUGUAUCCCGAGCGGGAUACAUUGUUUAAUGUAUCUCGAUCGGGAUACAUUUGAUUUUAGUCAAGGCCACGUGACCAAGAAUCAACCAAUGGCAGUCCCUGUUUAGUUGAGUGAAAUUCUAGGAAUAUAACAAAACAAUAUGUCUAUUGCUAUUCGGAAUCAACUAUUGAUACUAAGCAUUUAUUCAAUUUGAAUGUUACUUAUUAGAUCCUGCCACUAGAACUGGAAGCAACUCAACAAAAAGCCCAAAUCCCAUAGGCAAUAAAAGCGAGGAACCUCAUGUGGGUAAGACAGAUGAGAGUUUUCACUGUACAAAAUUAACCAUUUCCCCACCAGACAUUAAUCGUUUCAGACUUCCUUCCCGCACCCCAACCCCCCCGAAGAGUAUUUUAAAUUUGCUUGUUCGCCCUGAUUGACUGGUGGGUGUGGCUGUAAGGCAUACCGGUAAUUAGAGAUAUUUAUGCAUGACUAUGGUAUAUGAUUAUGAUAUGAUAAUUAGUAUAUUUCUAUUCGCCAAAAGCCUCAGGAAACCCACCUAAAGUUAAAAUGAAAAGCUUCUCAAAGAAAGUCUAACUUAAACUCACUAAAAACUGAAAAUGACCAGCGAACACGUCCUCAGUUUCUAGCUGAUGUCGUGUGCACGCACGGUUCAGUCAAAGGUAUUUUCAAAACUGACAGGCUGAGUAAUGUUGUGAAAGGUUUGAACCCAGGAAUCAUUUCAUAAGUAGGUUGAGUAAGUAAUAUUAACGAGACUAAUUGAUUUUUCUAUUGCAGUAGAUAAAGCUUUCUGCUUGGACAGAGCUAAUGGUAAUUACCGUGAUCCCUAUGACUGCUCAAGCUUUUACACGUGCGCACAUGGAGAAACAAUUAAGCAAAGCUGUCCCAGAGCCUUGAAAUACAACUACAACUCGGGUGAAUGUGAUUGGCCAUCAAAUGUGAAGUGCAUCCGUCAGCCGCUUUUUAAAGCUUGGAUUCGCAAUGCUAAGACGGGUGCUCCGUCCAGCGAAGAUCUAGUCAUCCAUGGUUCUAUCACCAGAGUAACUGCGGUUGCCAGGCAACACAUCAACCAUAAACCAGAUGACGAAAUAAUAAUAGUGAGUGAAAACGACAACAGAAAAAAGUGA